CUCAUAAAGCGAGCCAUGAACAUAUGUGGUAGUAGGAAGUGGUGAGGAGAGAAUACACCAGUGCGGGCGGUUAAAGGGGACUGCAGGAUAUUUUAAUAUCCUUUAGAAUAAAUCGCCUUGAUAGCACAUCUCCAUAUAUCACUGCUUGGAAGUCAGUGGGGACCAGCAACCGUUUGGUUACCCACAUUCCUCAAAAUAUCUUCCGUGUUAAACAGAAGAUAGAAACUCAACUGGAGGAAAGAUGUCACCAGAUGAAUUAGUCUACCUAGGAAUCCUUGCUGCAUCAAUUCCUGUAGGAUUCCUCUUCCGCUACCUAAGUCCUCCAGUCAAGCAGGGGGCAGCAUUGCUGCUAGGUUUGAUCAUCUCGAUAGCAACCUGUGGGAUCCACACUCUACACUCUCUGUGUACAGUGUUAGGAACAUGGCUGAUUAUAAAGAUCAACUGGCGAAGUGCCCCUGCUCUGUCAUUGGGUUGGACAUUUCUGUACCUCCUCUUUUUCCGUCUGGUCACCUGGUUUGGCCUUCCUCAACCAACACCUUUUGCCAAUGCCAUUCAACUUCUUUUAACUUUGAAGAUGGUCAGUUUAGCCAAUGAGAUUCAAAGUUAUCACUUGGAGAAGAAAAAGGAAGUGAGCACCUUCACCAAAUCCCCAGUGGUGGAAGGACUUUCCCAUGAGCCUUCACUCUAUGACAUUAUAUCAUACAGCUACUGCUAUGUGGGCAUAAUGACAGGUCCCUUCUUCCGUUAUAAGACGUAUGCAGACUGGUUGCAGCAGUCCAAUCCUCUGUCAUUGCCGGGUAAAGAGCCCUGCCUGCAGAGGCUGAAGAUGGUGCCCGUUUACGGAGCUCUCUUCAUAGCCGUCAACUCAGUCUUUCCCUUGCCCUAUGUCCGUACUGAUGAAUUCCUGGACCACAACUACUUUUACAGGUUUUUCUACAUGGUGGCAAUUUUCUUUGUAUUCCGGAUGCGUUUCUACUCUGCAUGGUGUGGGGCAGAGGCUGGCUGCAUCAGUGCAGGUCUAGGCUGUUACCCUCAGGGGGCGCUGUCCAAACCUGGAGGAGGGCCAACAGUGAAAUAUAGUCCUGAUCCAGACACAGCUGUGGAGUAUGACUUUAAAACGAUCCAGAACAUUGACUGUUAUAACACAGAUUUCUGUGUAAAGGUUCGGCAUGGCAUGCGUUACUGGAACAUGACGGUGCAGUGGUGGCUUCACUACUAUAUUUACCCCAAUGCUCCUUUCAGAGCGUAUGCUCUCAGGGCUGGAUGGACUAUGUUAAUCAGUGCUUAUUGGCAUGGCCUCCAUGCUGGGUACUACCUCUCUUUUCUCACUAUCCCACUGUGUAUUGCAGCAGAAUCGGCCAUGGAGGCAUCAGUCAGAGCCCGUCUAGGCCCAGCGGGCCAGAAUAUCUUCGACUGGAUCCACUGGUUCCUCAAGAUGAGGGCUUACGACUGCAUGUGCAUGGGUUUUGUUCUCCUGAAGGCCAGCGACACCAUCAAUUACUGGAGCUCCAUAUACUUCAUAAUUCACAUCAUUGCUGUUGCUUGUAUAGGAGUAGGACAAGUGAUGAAAGGAGGUAAAAAGAGAGAGAGAAGGGAAAGAGGUGAAGGAGAGAAAGAGGAUGUUGUAAGAGAGAAGGCUGAGUGAAACGAAUGUGACGCUAUGAUCAUGCUGAUAAUCGGAGAGCUGGUAUGUUUACAAAAAAACAUUUCCCAACAUGCAGUGUUAUAGCCAUCAACUGCCAUUCAAGGUAUUUUGCUUUUUAAAAACCAACACAGAAGUGUAAUACACGAUGAACCCAAGGACAUCAGUCUGUAUUUUAGUAACAGUGAAAAUAGCUUCAGAUAUUUUCCAUAAUUAUGUUCAUUCUAAUGUCCGCAUUUAUUUUAUUACAUAUGUUGAAAAGUGAUUCUUGUUAUCUGAUGAUAAACCGUGCAACCGUAUAGAUUCAUUCUGACCAGGUCAAUUGGAAAGGAAUUUUGUAUUGUAUUUUAACAGUGUUUUUUUUGCUCAUCCGUGACGUUGGGACUCAAAUUAAUCUCCUACACAGAGUACUUAUAACUGAAUCCAUCCAUUUAAAAAAAAUAAUAAUAAUAAUGAAUGUUGGACCAGUAUCACUACUUUGAGCACAAAUUUGUGGAGAUUCACUCUCUCUGUAAUGUGUCUUUGAGGUAAUACAACCUUUACGUUAAGGUGUUCUAUUGUUAUUAAAAGUAAGUCUGCCUUGUUUUUCAUCCAUUGUGAUGGAUGGGUUGAGUAUCCAUUGAUGGUUAAUGUUUGUGUCAUAUGCAUCAAUAUUAUUAUAAGUCUACAAAGAAUGUGAAAGUAGUUGCUAACUUAGUUAUUAUUAUUUUUUUUCACUAUUUCAGAAAGUAGUAGUGAAUCUUUCUGCUGUUUUGUUCAUCAUUCAUUUUUUUUUAGUUUGAUACCACAUGGUGUAAAGUGCAGCUUUGUACCAAUUAACGUGUUACAAAGAUUUUCUCAAAAGAGCUCAGAAGUUUUGUUCUUAUAAAAUCUAAUGAACAGUCCUAUUUUAAAACAUUCAGAUUAUUUGUCCUCGUACACUGGAUAGUAGCACUAGUGUUCAGUUUAUUGAUCUGUUCAGAUUGUAUCCUGGUUCCUAUAAUAUCUAACUGCUAUGUUGUAUCUCUAAUGUUUACUUUCUGGAGUAUUAAACACAGGAUUUGCCACUUCAAA